CCUAUGGAGCGAAUGGCUGUGGUUUUUAUUCUCCCUUCUCUCUCUCUCUCUACUACCUCACGCUUUGCAGCAUCGAGGAGCAGACGGGAGGCGCUGCAGUCUCUCCUCUUCCGGGCUUUUCGCCGCUCCGUUCCUCCAUUUCUUCUCCCCCUCUACUCGCCAAUGGGAGCUUCUCCCAUUCGCCCCUGCCGCUCCCUCCUCCUUCCCAUGAUCCUUUGAGGGCCGCCGCCGCCCAUGGACUACGACGCCGCCGCCGCUGCCGCCGCCGCUGCAGCCGGGGUCCACAAGCGCGGCGUCCGGCCGCCGUCCGUCUCCGUGACGGAGGUCUCUGCCUCCUCCUCGACAUCGCGCCGCCCCUCUAUGGAUGAAGAAGCAAUGUGGCAAAUGAGUAUCAGAGAGACUGAAUCCAUGGAAUCGGGAUCCUACCCUGAGCGUCCAGGGGAGCCUGACUGUACCUAUUAUCUUAGGACUGGCCUUUGCAGAUACGGGAUGACUUGCAGAUACAAUCAUCCUCAUAACAGACAGAUGGCUAUUGCUACAGCAAGUAUUAAAGGGGGAUUUCCUGAAAGGGUUGGACAUCCAGAAUGUCAGUUCUAUCUUAGGACGGGUACAUGCAAAUUUGGAGCUACAUGCAAAUUUCAUCAUCCUAGAGACAAGGCUGGAAUUGCUAGUAGAGUCCAACUAAAUAUGUUAGGCUACCCAAUUCGUCCGAAUGAGAUAGAAUGUGCAUAUUAUAUGAGAACUGGAGUAUGCAAAUUUGGGGGCACUUGCAAAUUUCACCAUCCACAGCCUUCUAAUACAAUGGUUUCAGUGCGUGGCUCUACUGUUUAUCCUGGUGUACAUUCUCCUACUUCUCCUCAGCAAUCUUAUCCUGGGGGUUUGACAAACUGGCCCAUGUCCAGAGCUUCUUUCAUUGCUAGUCCACGAUGGCAAGGUCUUUCUAGCUAUGCUCAAGUGAUUGUUCCUCAAGGUUUAGUUCAAGUCCCUAGCUGGAACACAUUUCCGGGACAAUUAGGAGCUGUUUCAUCAUCAGAGACUCCAUUGCUUUUGCCACGAACAACACCAUUCUAUGGGGCAUCUCAGCAGAGUGAAACAAUGGCAGGGGUUCAAGGGACAGUCCCAUCCUACCGAUCAAAUGCUCUUCCCAUGGGUCAGUAUGUAAUGGCAAGGGACAAUGUCUUUCCUGAAAGAACCGAUCAACCCGAAUGCCAAUUUUAUAUGAAGACCGGAGAUUGUAAAUUUGGCGCCGCCUGCAAGUUCCAUCAUCCUAGAGAGAGAAUCGUUCCUCCCCCUAAUUGCAUGCUGAGUCCGUUAGGUCUUCCUUUACGCCCUGGGGAACCCUUGUGCAUUUUUUAUUCUAGAUAUGGCAUCUGCAAGUUUGGAGCCCAUUGCAAAUUCAACCAUCCUAUGGCAACAACACCCAUGGAGUUAUACGCCUACAGUCUGUCUCCGACCUCUCUGGUCGACAUUCCAAUGGCGAGAAAUUUCCUUGACUCCACGUCAAGCCCUACAACCCUAGAAGUUCCUCACGAGGCUGCCACUGGGAAGUCGAGGCGUCUUUCGCUCUCAGAGUCCUGACAAAUUGCUUCAGGCGACGAAAGCGUUCAAUCGGAGGGAUUACGCACCACCUCAAGCAUUGUUGGGAAAGUUUCUUCUUUUUCCUAACCAUUCAAGAGGUGUUCCUUUCCUUGUAGAUGACGACUCCAUCCAUUAUGUCGAUGAGUUGGUGCCUAUGCCGAUAAUGUACAGUUUUUUUUCCCACAAGGACCGCGACUUGUUGCUCUGAAGGCUGACAAAGUCUCCAUUCUUGUUGUAUUAUAUAUCUUGAUGUAAAAAAAACUAAGGCGAAAAUGAUGCUCUGUAUAUUUGAGAAACUUACUUUGUUUAUGUAUGUAAUUCGGCGGAAAGUAGUUCUUGUCCUUGUUCAUUGCCUUUA